UGCCUACUCACUUUUUAUUAUCAUGUUUUUUAUUUGUUGGUCUCUAAGGCCUCGCUUGCCUCCAAAACAUCUCUUAAUGCUCGUCUUGAAUAAAAAAUUCUGUUAUGCAUAUUUAGAUCCGGAGGGAUCUUCGCACACCUUGGUCGUGAAAAAAUAUGAUCUAAAUAAAUGCAUGGGCCAUGUAUACAAUACAGAGCAGACAUGCAAAGUUGGAAACAUAUGGAAGUAUGAAUCACCUGGAUUACAUUAUAUACUCAGACAUUAUAAAACAUCAUCAUUCCCUUUUUGAAGUAAAAUUUUCCCCACAUUUAAGAUUUCAUUUAAGACAAUGCUAAUCGAUGCUACUUCUCUUUUUAUUUUCUUUAUAAAUACCUAAAAUCUCAUUCUUCUUGUUUCCACCUUAUGUUCUCCGAUCCUAUAUCCAACACAUAUAUUUUUGAUCUUUGUUUUGUUUCACAUAUUCUUAUAUUUUAUCUACCUGUCCUCGAGUCAUGGGAAUGUCGAACAGGUCAGUUUCUACAUCUCUUUUUUUCCUCGCAUUGGUGGUUUUGCAUGGAAUUCAGGACACAGAAGAGAGACAUUUGAAAACUACUUCGUUAGAGGUUGAGGGAAUUUAUAAGAAAACUGAGGCCGAGAAUCCUAGCAUUGUGGUCACAUAUACACGACGUAGUGUCCUUCAAAAGGCGGUCAUCGCACACCCCACAGAUUUUAGGCCAACAAAUCCUGGAAACAGCCCAGGCGUUGGACACUCUCACGGGCGACACUGAUUUGAUCAUAUCAUACGUCAUAAAUCUAUAUCAUAUAGAAAAUUAUAUGUAUUUCAUUUAGACUUGUCUUCUAAUGCUAAAGAGGUGUUUGGACAUCACUUUAUCAUUUCAAUGUUUUGACAGUACUAUGAUCAUUAUGUCUUUGUCGUGGGUUUGUUACACUGUCAGGUAUUGUAAGAUUAUAUAAUGAAUAAAUUGCUUUUAAAAAUAUAUACAUCAAUGAUAAAUCCCUUGCUAAGCUGACUAUAAUUGCUAGUUGGUCAAUGGGUUUUAUUAAAUGUAGACCUCACUGAAAACACUUAAAUAGAAAAUCUUUACUUAUCACGUUUUAAUGGUUAAAUUAUUUUUACAUAUGAAUGCUUAGAAGAUACAGAAUAACAGAGUAAAAAAAAUACAAACAUGUUGUGGACUAAGUAUAUAUAUGCUCAUUGGGAUGAAGC